AAAGGCUCUUUCUCUGUUUCCCAGCAUGCUUUGUGGGGACGUUGACAAGUGGAUCCAAGAUGGCGUAGAAAGUAAUGACAGGAAUCGGAUGAACGCUCUAACGGCUUACUGAUGAACUGCACUCUUGGUGAGAUGUGUAAGGAAUUAUAAAGAGCUCUCAUGGGCUGUUUGGGUGCUACCAAGUGCUGUGAACUGCAGGAUUUCUGUCCCUGAGUCAUGGCAGACAGAAGACCUGAGAAGUCAUGUGAACAAGCAUGUGAAUCACUUCAAAGGCAGGACUAUGAAGUGGCAAUAAGGCACUGCACAGAGGCGCUCCUUUCCCUUGGCCAGUACUCCUUGUCAAACUUCGCCGAGACGUGCCCGUUGGAGAUCGAGCGCAUCAAGAUUGAGAGUCUUCUCUACAGGAUUGCCUCAUUUUUGCAACUUAAAAAUUAUGGGCAAGCUGAUGAAGACUGUAGGCACGUGUUGGGAGAAGGACUGGCCAAGGGAGAUGGUUCUUUCCAUGCAGUGCUUUGCUGCAUGCACCUUAAAGGAAAGCUGCAAAUUGUUUCUAAUGUUCUCACCAAAUCACUAAUGGGGGAGUCUCUGAACGGGAUGGUAACGAAGGAUUUGACCAGACUAAAAACACUUCUUGCUGAAACAGAGAGAGCAGCCAGUAAAAUCACAUCAGGAUACCAUUUAGAAGACUUGGAAGAGGGAUCUCAGGAGGGUUGGCAAUUCCGCCCACCUCCCCGGGGCGUCACGAGCAGUGAGGAAUAUACUUUAUGUAAAAGAUAUCUAGAGCAAGGAAUCUGUCGGUAUGGAGCCCAGUGUACUUCAGCACAUUCCCAGGAAGAACUAGCAGAAUGGCAGAAGAGAUAUGCUUCACGGUUGAUAAAACUAAAACAACAGAAAGAAAACAAACAAUUUUCAGGCAGUUAUAUGGAAACUUUGAUAGAGAAAUGGAUGAAUUCUUUGUCUCCUGAAAGAGUGCUUAGUGAAUGUAUAGAAGGCGUGAGAGUAGAGCAUAAUCCGGACCUAUCAGUUACCGUCACCACCAAAAAGUCUCAUCAGACAUGGACAUUUGCUCUCACCUGUAAGCCUGCCAGAAUGCUGUAUCGAGUAGCACUGCUUUAUGAUGCUCAUCGUCCUCACUUUAGCAUUAUGGCCAUUUCUGCUGGAGAUAGCACUACCCAGUUGUCACAAGAAGUCCCGGAAAACUGUCAAGAAUGGAUAGGAGGAAAGUUGGUCCAGAAUGGAUUAGAUCAUUAUAUAUAUAAAAUCAGGAUAGCCUUUAACACAGAGAUUUUUGGAACCUUUCGUCAAACCAUAGUCUUCGACUUUGGAGUGGAGCCAGUACUCAUGCAAAGAGUAAUGAUUGAUGCUGCUUCUACAGAAGAUCUUGAAUACCUGAUGCACGCAAGGCAACAGCUGCUAACUACAGCUAAGCGUUGGGAUUCUACUUCUAAGACUAUUGUAGAUUUUGAGCCUAAUGAAACUACUGACUUAGAGAAGAGCCUUCUUAUCCGAUACCAAAUUCCUCUCUCCGCUGACCAGCUGUUUACCCAGUCUGUCCUGGACAAAUCAUUGACCAAGACCAACUAUCAGUCACGGUUACAUGACCUCCUUUAUAUCGAGGAAAUAGCACAGUAUAAAGAAGUCAGCAAGUUCAACAUUAAAGUGCAAUUGCAGAUUGUAGCAAGCUUCAUGCUCACUGGGGUUUCUGGAGGUGCAAAGUAUGCUCAAAACGGACAACUCUUUGGUCGCUUUAAGCUCACUGAGACCCUUUCAGAGGACACUUUGGCUGGACGACUGGUGAUGACCAAAGUCAAUGCUGUUUAUCUAUUGCCAGUCACUAAAGAGAAGUCAGUUCAGACCCAGGGAACCAAAGAGAAGGUUUAUGAAGCAGCUAUUGAAGAAAAAACAAAAGAAUAUAUCUUUUUAAGGGUAUCCAGGGAAUGCUGUGAAGAGCUUAAUCUUCGAGCCGAUUGUGAAAUGCAGGUUGAACUUCAGUUUCAGUUAAAUCGUUUACCCCUCUGUGAAAUGCAUUAUGCUCUGGAUAGGAUCAAGGACAAUGGUAUUCUUUUUCCCGACAUCAGCAUGACUCCCACUAUUCCAUGGAGUCCCAACAGACAAUGGGAUGAGCAGUUGGACCCUCGGCUAAAUGCAAAGCAGAAGGAGGCUGUUCUGGCUAUUACCACUCCACUUUCAAUACAGCUGCCUCCUGUUCUUAUCAUCGGUCCCUAUGGGACAGGCAAAACAUUCACUCUAGCUCAGGCAGUCAAGCACAUACUCCAACAACAGGAUACUAGCAGGAUUCUCAUUUGCACCCAUUCUAAUAGUGCUGCUGAUCUCUACAUAAAGGAUUAUUUACAUCCAUAUGUAGAAGCAGGCAAUCCCCAGGCGAGACCUCUCAGGGUAUAUUUUAGAAAUCGCUGGGUGAAGACCGUCCACCCAGUUGUCCAUCAGUACUGUUUGAUUUCAAGCACACAUUCCACCUUUCAGAUGCCUCAGAAAGAAGACAUUCUUAAGCAACGAGUAGUAGUUGUUACUCUGAAUACUUCACAGUACCUUUGUCAACUGGAUCUUGAACCUGGCUUUUUUACACACAUCCUAUUAGAUGAAGCUGCACAGGCCAUGGAGUGUGAAACUAUCAUGCCUCUAGCAUUAGCUAAUAAAAACACAAGAAUUGUCCUGGCUGGAGACCAUAUGCAACUCAGUCCUUUUGUCUACAGUGAAUUUGCCAGGGAGAGAAACCUUCACGUUUCAUUGCUUGAUCGGCUAUAUGAGCACUACCCUUCAGAGUUUCCAUGCAGAAUUUUGCUGUGUGAGAACUAUCGCUCCCAUGAAGCUAUCAUCAAUUACACAUCUGAACUUUUCUAUGAGGGCAAGCUAAUGGCAAGUGGAAAACAGCCAGCACACAAAGAUUUCUAUCCUUUGACCUUCUUUACAGCACGAGGAGAAGAUGUUCAGGAAAAAAACAGUACCGCUUUCUAUAAUAACGCAGAGGUAUUUGAGGUGGUGGAGCGUGUGGAAGAGUUGAGGCGAAAAUGGCCUGUAGCUUGGGGAAAGUUAGAUGAUGGGAGUAUUGGUGUAGUUACACCAUAUGCUGAUCAAGUAUUCAGGAUUCGGGCUGAGCUUCGAAAAAAGAGAUUAUCAGACGUCAGUGUGGAAAGAGUACUGAAUGUUCAGGGAAAGCAGUUUAGGGUUUUAUUUCUGAGCACAGUGCGAACCCGACACACUUGCAAACACAAACAAACUCCAAUUAAAAGGAAGGAGCAGCUACUUGAAGACUCAACAGAGGAUUUGGAUUAUGGUUUUCUGUCCAACUACAAACUCCUCAACACUGCCAUCACAAGAGCCCAGUCCUUGGUGGCUGUGGUGGGUGAUCCCAUCGCUCUCUGCUCAAUUGGAAGAUGCAGGAAAUUUUGGGAGCGAUUUAUUGCCCUCUGUCAUGACAAUGAGAGCCUACAUGGCAUCACUUUUGAACAGAUCAAGGCUCAGUUAGAGGCUUUAGAGCUAAAGAAAACCUAUGUGUUAAAUCCACUCGCUCCUGAAUUUAUACCCCGUGCUCUAAGACAGCAGCAUUCAGGAAAUGCCAACAAACAGCAGCAAUCACCACCCAAGGGGAAAGUUCAUCUUCACAACCAGAACGAUCAUUUCCAUAGUGAAGGAAUUGUUCAACCCAAUCCUUCAGUACUCAUUGGCAACCCGAUCAGAGCAUAUACUCCUCCUCCUCCUCCACCACCACCUCCACCUCCACCUCCACCACCGCCUCCUCCUCCUCCUCCUCCUCCUCUUGGGCCUCACCCCAAUUUGGGAAAAUCUCCAAGCCCUGUUCAAAGGAUAGAUCCUCACACUGGUACAAGCAUUCUUUAUGUACCUGCCGUUUACGGAGGAAAUAUGGUCAUGUCAGUGCCUUUACCUGUUCCAUGGACAGGCUACCAGGGUAGGUUUGCAGUUGAUCCCCGGAUCAUUACUCAUCAGGCAGCAAUGGCCUAUAACAUGAACCUGCUGCAGGCCCAUGGCCGGGGAUCUCCUAUUCCAUAUGGCCUUGGACACCAUUCCCCAGUUAGUAUAGGACAGCAAAUCCCGCACCAGGACAAGGAUCUGCAUGAACAAAACCGAAACGGUAAAUGCGAUGCCAUUCCUGGACCUGAAAUGAAUAAAAUUCGAACUCCAGAAAAAAAGCCUCCAGACUCCAAGCAGGUUGACUUGGAAUCAAAUCCACUGAACAGAAGUCCUGAAACCCGUCCUGGUGUGGUUUAUCCUAAUCCUAAAUUUCACCGUAAAGAUAAUCUCAAUCCAAGGCAUCUGAACCUUCAUCUGACUCCUCCUCAUCACCAGUAUGCAAUCCCCAGUCGCCACUAUCAGCAUCUUCCCCAGAUACCAAGACAGCCCUAUCCGGCACAGCAGCAAAACUUGUUAAGUCAGCAGCAGAAUCACCUGCCUGAACAAACCAACCAGAUGCCACCUCAACCGAAUCAAGUCGUCCAGCAGCAUAAUCACUUGAAUCAGCCACCUCAGCCACCCCCCACUCAACUUCCUGCCGCAUAUCAGCCUGGCCCCAAUCACUCUUUCUUCAAUAACCCUGUUGCCCAUCGACCACAUUCUCCUGCCAUUGAUGCCGUGAUUUCUGAACGGCACCCCUCUCCCAUGCUUCAAGAAGUUAAUAACCCUCUGAGAUCUAUUGCACAGCACAAUCCCAUGCUACCUUCCCACUUGAAUAAUUUCCUUGAAGAGAACCCUACAGGAUUUUCCAUAGGGGAGGCUAUAGAUCGAAUGCAUGGAAAUGUAGCUUUGGAAACACUAAGGCAACAGCAGGCGAGAUUACAGCAGUGGAAUGAACAUAAUGCCUAUCUCAGUCAGGGCAGUAUUCCAUAUCCACACCAUCACCAUCCUCAUCUACAACAUAUUCCCCAGCAACCAAUUGGAUUACAUCAACCGCCAAUUAGGGCAAAUUGGAAACUGGCGAAUAGCGCAGAAGAUGAAACAGAGGCAACAUAUUCCAGGUUCCAGGAUUUACUCCGAGAACUGUCUCAUCGUGAUCAGAGCGAAACUCGGGAGGUAGCUGAAAUGCCUCCACCUCAGUCAAGGCUUCUGCAAUAUAGACAGGUCCAGCCCAGAAGUCCACCAGCAAUCCCGUCCCCCUCAUCCAACUCAAACCACAGUGGACACUUCCCCAGUUUCAGUGAAAACAGCAGAGACAUUGAACUGGCCAACAACCCAGCAUUUCAGCAGCACCUGCCACCCCAGUUAUAUAACCCAUCUUUCUCAGUGCCCUCUGAACACCUGACCCCACCUCCCUUGAAGUACCUGCAGCCCGAUGGCUCAUGGACUUAUGCUAACCUACAACAGAAUCACCUGAUGGGGCAGGGCUUUCACUAUGGCAUACCCCCGUUGCCUCACAGACCACAGCAGAACCCUUUUAUACAAAUACAGAACCAUCAACAUCCGGUUGGUCAAGAGCCAUUUCACCCACUGUCAUCUCGAGCAGUAUCUGCUUCUUCGCUCCACAGCCUCGAAGAGUAUGAACCACGAGGACCAGGCAGGCCGUUGUACCAAAGAAGAAUUUCAUCUAGUUCAGCCCAGCCUUGUUCUGAAGAUUUAAGCACUCCUCAAGACAGUCUUGCUCAGUGUAAAGAGCUUCAGGACCAUAAUAACCAAUCUUCUUUCAGCUAUUCAUCACCUGAGUUGUGGGUCAAUGCCUCCCCAGCUGCCCCCUAUCAGAACAUUCCAUGCAAUGGAUCCAACAGAGUAGUUCCGCCCAGAGAAUUGUUAGCUCCACCGAAGGCCGUAAAACCCCCCGAGGAUCACCUGAAACCCGAAAGCCUCCAGCUGCCCAAUUCCUUCAACUAUAAUGUGCUGCAGCACCUCGGUCAGUUCCCACCCCUCAUGCCCAACAAGCAGAUGGUGGAACCCAACAACAACAGCAGCCAGCAGAGCGUCAGCGGGAACAAGCCUGCUAUGUCCUACGCGAGUGCUCUGCGAGCCCCUCCAAAGCCCAAGCCCCCCCCUGAGCAGGCCAAAAAGAAUAGCGACCCUUUGUCUUUGUUCCAGGAACUCAGUUUAGGUAGUUCAUCAGGUAGCAAUGGCUUUUACUCCUAUUUUAAAUAAUCUGAUUAUAUAUAUAUAUGUAUAUAUACAUAUAUAUAUAUAUUUUUUUUAAAAAAGAAAGUACUUGUUUUCCUUUCCAUUUGUGUCAGUAGGUUUAAGAAAUUCGGGCUUCACCUGUAGUCGCAACUCUUCCCUUUGUUUAUAUUAGUAAAUAUAUCACUUAAUUGCUUUGCUGCUAGUCUUGCAACUAAAUUUCUAAUUCCAUUCUUUUGCUUUUUUGAUGUGGGUCAGAGAUUUGACCGCUUUUAUGUAGAACAAAAAGAUUUAUAAUUUGUGUAAUGUUCCACAUCUGUUGCAUUAAGCUAGCAGCUGAGAGAUUAAUUGUGCAACUAUAAAAAGGAGAAAAAAAAGUUUGUCUAAAUUGUAUUUAAAAAGAAAAAAAUUGUAAGUAGCAUUUACAUUUAUUCAGUAACAUUAGCAUACAAUGCUGGGUUUCUGUACCAGAAAUGGCCAGUUCAUGUACAAAUGUAUGUUAUUUUUGCUUAAAUUCAUUUAAUUUUUUUUUAAUAAAGGGGCAGCAUCUUUAAAUACUUUGAGUUUUAUCAGCUUUUUUUUGGUGAAAGGAUGCUGCAAUCUAAGACUUUUAGAGUUUUAGACUCCGUUGAUGUGGUAUUGUUAUCUCCAUCCACUGUAGGAUAGAGUUGAAGGCAUUCUCUACAGACCCAUUUAGUAUGCCACUGUUUUUGCAAGAUGCCAAAAAAACAUUGGGAUACUUAAAUGCUCUACAUUUUAUUUUUAGACAAGCUACUAAUUCAGGCUUGUUGGUAAUGUUAAUUUGAUAGGUUUUUUUAAAGAAUCAUGAAGCUGAAAAUUAAAUUUUUAGGUAUGUUGGUGCUUAGUAGAUUUAAUAACUAUUUUAAAAAAAAUGCGUGAAUUUAGUAAGUACUUGGGGUUUUUUUUUCCACUAUGCAUGUGUAAAUGUUUGUAAUCUGGCUUUUUUCUCCCACCCUCCAACCCUUUUCCCCAUCCCUCCAGUGGUAUAAAGAAUUGUGCCGCUUAUUUUUUUUUUCUUCAGUAAAACUUUGGUACAUUAUUUGAUGUUUACAUUAAAAUGUGAGAUUAUACAAGGAAAUUCAAAUAUUUUGCUAACUGUUUGUUUGAGGAACAUUAUUAAAGAAGAGAUAUAAUGUUUGUCAAA